UAAUGUUCAUAAUUUCAUUUCAAAGAGAGAGGAGAAAUCUCGAGCUACUGCAAUCGUAUGCUGCAACGCUAGCUUCUUCUUCUUCUUUCUUAUCUCAAGUUUUUGAUAGAGACCUUUUUUUUUCUGACAAUUAUCAGUAACGAAAGGUAAGCGUUGCAUUUUAUAUGUGCAGGUUUAUAAUUAUUUCUUGAGUCAUGAAGCAUAAAGAUGGAAAACUGAAUCCUCACUCUGAUAAAGGUCCUAGGAUUGUCCCUUUAACAUUAGUAGUUCUUGUACUAUGUGGGUUUUCUUUUUAUCUCGGUGGAAUAUUUGGUUCUGAGAGAAACCGAGUUGAGGCUAAGGAGGUCAAAAAGGCUGUGUCAGCUCCAAAGGAAGCAGUUGUUGCUCCUCUCCAGAUCAAAUCUACAACCUUUCCUGAAUGCAGCAGUGACUACCAAGACUACACUCCAUGCACUGAUCCACGGAGGUGGAAGAAGUAUGGUGUUUAUCGCCUUACGUUUAUGGAACGCCACUGCCCUCCAGUUUUCGAAAAAAAGGAAUGCUUAAUUCCUCCUCCUAAUGGUUAUAAGCCACCGAUCAGAUGGCCAAAGAGCAGGGAUGAAUGUUGGUACAGGAAUGUGCCAUAUGAUUGGAUUAACAAGCAGAAGUCGAAUCAAAAUUGGCUGAGAAAACAAGGGGAGAAGUUUCUCUUUCCUGGUGGGGGUACCAUGUUUCCUCAAGGAGUCUCUGCCUAUGUGGAUUUGAUGCAAGAUCUGAUUCCAGAAAUGAAAGAUGGGACUAUUCGGACUGCCAUAGACACUGGAUGUGGGGUUGCAAGUUGGGGAGGUGAUUUAUUAGAUCGUGGAAUUUUAACAGUCUCUCUUGCACCAAGAGAUAAUCAUGAAGCUCAAGUCCAAUUUGCACUGGAACGCGGAAUUCCUGCAAUUCUUGGCAUCAUUUCUACUCAGCGCCUACCUUUCCCCUCAAAUUCUUUUGAUAUGGCUCAUUGCUCACGAUGCCUUAUUCCAUGGACAGAAUAUGGUGGAGUUUAUCUUCUAGAGAUUCACCGCAUACUCCGUCCUGGUGGCUUCUGGGUUCUGUCUGGCCCACCUGUCAACUACGAACAUAGAUGGCGAGGGUGGAAUACUACUGUGGAAGAGCAGAGAACAGACUAUGAGAAGUUGCAGGAACUGCUGACAUCAAUAUGUUUCAAAUUGUAUAACAAAAAGGAUGACAUUGCAGUUUGGCAGAAAUCUUCAGAUGACACUUGCUACAACAAGCUUACUUACUCAGAGCCAUACCCACCCAAGUGCGAUGAUAGCCUUGAACCGGAUUCAGCAUGGUACACACCAAUCCGUCCUUGUGUUGUUGUUCCAAGACCGAAACUAAAGAAAUCGGUUUUGGAAUCCAUGCCUAAGUGGCCAGAGCGGUUGCAUGUUGCACCUGAACAAAUUUCGGAUGUUCACGGUGGGAGUGCUAGCGCUUUCAAACAUGAUGACAGCAAGUGGAAAGUGAGAGUAAAGCACUACAAGAAGUUACUCCCUGCAAUUGGGACUGAUAAGAUAAGAAAUGUAAUGGACAUGAAUACAGUUUAUGGAGGAUUUGCUGCAGCGGUAAUCGAUGAUCCCUUGUGGGUUAUGAACGUGGUCUCAUCCUAUGCUGCCAAUACACUAGCUGUUGUCUUUGAUCGGGGCCUCAUUGGAACUUAUCAUGAUUGGUGUGAAGCUUUCUCAACAUAUCCUAGAACCUAUGAUCUCCUUCACCUUGAUGGCCUCUUUACUGCAGAAAGCCACAGGUGUGAUAUGAAAUAUGUGCUGUUGGAGAUGGACCGGAUAUUACGUCCCAAUGGAUAUGUGAUUAUCCGGGAAUCGAGCUAUUUUGUGGAUGCUAUAGCUGCCAUUGCUAAAGGGAUGAGGUGGGGUUGCCACAAGGAGGAGACUGAGUAUGGUGUUGAGAAGGAAAAGUUACUGAUUUGCCAGAAAAAGCUCUGGUACUCAAGCCAAAGUUCAAGCUGAUAAAAAUUUAUAGAGAUUCAAGUGGGGUAGAGGCAGAGGAUAAGCAAGUGCACUACCCACCACAGUGAUUUAAAAUUGUUCAAUAGGCAUCAAGAAUUUUUAUAUUCAAAAUUGUCAAUUGUAGCUACCUAAUAAUAUGAUUUUGUUGUCAUAUAAUAGGGAAUUUUAAUAUAAAUAUAUUCUUUCUAAGGAAUCAAUGUGUUCUUUGUACUGUAUCAAUUUUAAUUUUUUAAAUCACCCUUUUUCUUA